AUGGCCUGGUCCCGUCAAGCUCGACUGGCUCCACAAACGAAGGCCUCCUUCGUGACGGCCCUCGCCGCCGCCGGCGCGUCGUGCGUGUCCGCCAUCCUCGGCGGCACCCCCGUCCCGGCCGGCAAGUACCCCUGCCUGGUCAGCCUGCCCCGCGGGUCCAAGUGUCCCCUGCCGCGAGGCCGCCUGCUCCGGCGUCCUGCUGCGUGCACGACGCGGACCCAGCCCGACAGCCUGGUGGUCAUCGUCGACCCCUCGGGCCGCAUGCGCGUGGGCAACGGGCACCAGCGUCCGCGCACCUUGCCCUGGGUUGGGUACUCGUGGCCCGGGUCCUACGUCCACCGCAGCCGGGAGCACGAGGCCAUCCUCGAGUUCGCCGUGCCCGUAUUCAGCCCGCGCGUGUGCCGCAAGCGCGUGCGGCCCGUCCUGGCCGAGGUCGGCGCCGACAACUUCUGCGGCGAGGGGCGCGCCGCCGGCAGCGCGGGGCAUGGAGACGGCCAGCGACAUUGGCGGGCCCUUCGUGGUCAACGGCGCCGUGGUGGGCAUCGCCUCCUUCAGCGCCGCCAGGGGGGGCCCGACUGCCACCCCGGCGUGGCGACGAGCAUGUUUGAGCAGAUGCGCUUCGUGGCCAACUCUUACGAGCGCAACGAGGUGCCGUAUCCGUAUCCGUAUCCGUAUCCCGAGGACGAGGUCGCGCCUGGAAGAGCGCGCAGGAGGGGCGCGAGGCGGGAGAGAGGAGAAGCCUGUGACUAA